AUGGCAAGUGCAACCCCCAAUCAAUCUGCCAAAGUGGCCGCGACACCACCGAGCGCGGCCCAAUUCAAUGCUUUGCGACAACUCAAGACCGAAAUGGGAGCCGAUGGUGACUUGCUUGAUGUGCUUCCUUUCUCUCAAGUGGUCAUCUGCAAGCAUCAGGAUCAAAAGCUCCUCACCGGAAAGAAAACGGCACUCGCUGGAAAGAUCAGGAUGGGCAAUAUUGAGGACGAGAGUGGACCGGUAUCUCCGCUUUGGGCUUAUCUGCUUGACAACAGCAUGACUAAUGGUACUACGGAUCUUACGUAUUACAGCUUCGGCAAGCGGUGUAGACAAGGAACGAGACACAAUGCGACCGAUGUUCAUUCAGCGAGACUGCGAGAAGAGUUCCGACACUGCGAAACACCUUCGGUACUCACUGCUACGGCGAAAUAUUACCUUUACAAGAAAGGUGUGACAGCAUCCUUUCCCAUACAAGUUAGCAAGACCCUAGCGAAUUUGGUCAUCAGAUCGUGCAAGGACUACAGAGAUGCUGAUCAUGAGGGAAAUCUUGGCAAGCCGAUGGAAGAUGCUGCGCAAGAUAAUAAAGAUAUGGAAAUCAUCGACACGGUGGCAGUGGGUGACCCCAUGAGUGCCUUCGUGCCCCCUACGAUAGGAAUGACGCCACUCCAUGCACCAAACCAUUUGCGCGAGACCGUCAGUUCGUCGCAGCACCCGGUUCCAAGUGCCUACAAUUACCUCCUAGUAAGCACCGACUCUGUUCUGAUGCUUCAGGCUGCACAGGCUAGGGAACGUCAGAUUGUCACGGCUGGUCAAUCCACUCAACAACGAUUCGACGCCGCCAAACAACACGUCGACCAACUGCGCACUAAGCGAGACGUGCUUCAAGUCGAGCUGAUACAGUUGGAAACGGCGAUCGAUGCGGGUGACGCCGAGGUGGUCGCAGCCGAACAAGAGAAAGGCAGAUACGGCGAAGCUAUAAGAAUAUGCAGGGUUGAGCAGGAGGAAGUCAUGAACGGCAUGGACCCAGGUGUCAGAGCCAUGAUUGAACUAGGUCGGCAGAUGGAGCGUGGUUCGCAGCGAAGAGAGUGA